AUGGAACCCCUUACCCCUGCAGGCUCGAGCACCAUCACCAUCACCAGCAAGGCCAGGAGGCCUCGACUGACGCUACCAUCCAUUUCUAAAUUGUAUUCGGGAGGUGGGUUGACGGAUAAACUGUGCGUUGGUGGCCGGUGUAAGUACAGAGUCGAAGCCGAAGCCAGGGAGGGGGGGAGUACCCUUCUCUCACAACAUUAUCGCCCCCCCGGGACAAGUCACAACUCGCACUUCUAA